AUGUCGAGAAAGAAAAAUAACGAGAAAAAUUUGCGGGCCAGUUUGAAAAAAACCAUUCGUAAAGAAAUGCGUGCUAUUUAUAUGAAGAAAAAUAGCAUUGACAAGAAGGAAGUUAUUUCUAAAUUUGUUUCUUUGCAUCCUGAAUUGGAGGAUACGAUUCAAGGUGUAGUGCAUCGCUAUGCCAAAACGAUAAAUGAUAAGGCAGCUAGCGGAACGGCUCAAUGGGGGAAAAAUGGAGGAUCGACCAGCACUACGCUACAGUCAGUGGAGGCCGGGGUGCCUAAAGCUCGUCCUCCGCGGCAGGCGAAGGAAAAGGCGAUGUCUGCUAUCAAGGUCGAAGUUAUGGCUUUUGAAAGCGAGCAGGAUGAAGGCAGCUCGCAUUCAGAGCAGUCCAACACUAACUUUGCUGAAAAACUACUUCUAGACAAAACACCGCCCAAGCAGCCAGGUGUAAAACAACAGUUGUCAAAAAGAGUCGUUAAAAAUGCGAAAGAUGAAGCAGCUGUAGGAAUGGAAGAGCCAGACUUGGUACAUAAGACCAACGCGCUUUUGGAGAGCUUCAAGGAAGACCUAGCCAGUCAAAAUAGGAAAUCUUCUCUUGGUGUGGGAUCUUCUAUAAAUAGGGAAAGGGCACCUGACCUGGAAACACAGUUGCAAUUCCUGAGCCUAGAUGGCCAGAACACAAGCGGCUUCAACGGCAGCUCACCUCAUAGUGUUGAACAUGCUGUUUUGGUAUCACCUAGUCUUGAGGAAGUUGGGCAGAAAUUACCAGCUCAAUUUGGUCUUCUGGGCCACCUAGAUACGAGGCAAUCAGAAGACCUCGUGGACCCUCGAGUGAUGCUUAAUACAAACAUCCCGUUCUCUGCUUUUAUUUGCGGACUGCAAGGGAGCGGAAAAUCUCAUACCACUUCUUGCAUGAUUGAGAACUGCUCAUUGCCUUUUAAAGCCCUGGGGACAUUGCAGAAACCGCUGUCCACCCUUGUGUUGCAUUACAAUGAAUAUAGCUCCAACGUCAGCAACCAGCCAAGCGAAGCAGCAUUUUUGGCGUCUAUCAUGCCGGAGUACAGGAAACACUUCAACAAAUCAAUCCCUGUGAGAGUUCUUACCUCACCAUCCAAUUUCUACAAUCUUGAGAAGAUGUACUCGCAAAUUCCCAAUGUUCGUGUGCGCCCAUUUCGUUUGAAGCCGUACCACCUGAACAUCGCGACGAUGCUUUCGCUGAUGUCCAUGGGCAAGAAAGACUCUAUGCCUUUGUACAUGGCUCAGAUAACACGAGUAUUGCGCGAGAUGGCUCUUUCUAACAAAGGGUCUUUCAAUUACUUUGAUUUCCGCAACCGAGUGAGAGACCUCCGUUUAGAUCGGACACAGACACCCUUCUUAGACCAACGCUUUGAUUUGCUGGAUUCGUUUCUUGAGCUGAAGAAGGAUGAUCACACUACGGGUGGAGACUACUUCAUGGACGGCGGAGUGACGAUUUUGGAUUUGUCUUGUCCGUUCAUGGACCAGGGCACAGCGUGUAUUCUUUUCCGAAUUGCGAUUGAUUUGUUUCUUCACGCGCAUCCAUCGCGGGGUAAAAUGAUUGUUGCUGAUGAGGCACACAAGUAUAUGGACAGUACUGAGGCUGCAAACGCCUUGACUGAAACUUUCCUGAACAUCAUCCGUCAGCAACGCCACCUUGGAACUCGAAUUAUCAUAUCGACUCAGGAGCCAACUAUUUCUCCUCGUCUUAUUGACCUUUGCUCUAUCACUAUCGUCCAUCGGUUUUCAAGCCCCGAAUGGUUUCAGAGUAUCAAGAAACAUAUCGCCAUUGCUGAUAAGGAAGAUACUAAUUCGAAUGAGGAAAAUGUGAAUGGGCUGUACCAGAUUUCUAGCCUGCGUACGGGUGAAGCUCUUGUGUUUGCCCCAUCUGCAUAUCUCCUUGAUGGACACCAAGAGGUGAUGGAUGUGAAGCACAAGAGCUUCAAAAUGGUGAUUCGGAAACGCAUUACUUGGGAUGGGGGUCAAACGAUUACCUCUGUUCGCUGA